GUUCCCGCCCCCGAGUUUUAACCGUCCUACAUCUUUCACACUAAGCGAAUCGCCUCAUAAAUAAACCUCUGCUCGGUGUAACACGGUGAUGUCUGCAGUAAUAUGUUUAAAUGUAGUUAUUAAAUAGCAGUCCGGGUUUAUUUACCUGAUUAUUAAGAGUAAAUGUGUAUUAAUGACGCAUCGUGUGUGUGACAGCGACGCUGAAGUGUUAGCUUAGCAUAACGACACGUCUCGUGCACCGGCUCUCUCUGGUAACAAGCCCUUAUUUUAGACAAACUUAUAGCAGGUUCAUUUUUGGAGAAGCUGACGCCAUAAUCCUGUUCAGCGUCUCUUCUGAGGACAGGUACAGCUUAGUAUCACUUUUGAAGCCUGAUAUCCUGGAAUGUAAUGAAAAGCUAGGAGAAAAUCCUGACACGGCUGGACAGGAGAAGAUCUUGGAGUGAUGAGAAAACAGGUCGCACUCAGAAUCUACAGACAUUUCAUGGUGUGAACGUGGAUGAAGACGAGAGUAUGAGUUCAUGCGGCACGGACGUUAAAGAGAACUGCAAUCUGGAUAACUUUACAUCCAGGGCGGGGCUACAGUCAGCCAAUAGAAAUGCACCGUUCGGGUCGAGACGCAAGCGGCCACUGGAGGAGGGCAACAGAGGCCACGCCCACUCCAAAUUCCGUCCCAAGAGGCGCAAGAAAGCACCGGGUCCGAUGCUGCCAAAGAAUGCACUUAUGCAGCUGAACGAGAUCAAACCGGGCCUCCAGUACAAACUCCUGUCCCAGACGGGGCCGGUUCAUGCUCCCGUAUUCGCCAUGAGCGUGGAGGUCAACGGGCAGCGCUUUGAGGGGGCGGGACCCACAAAGAAGAAAGCCAAGCUGAGUGCAGCAGAAAAGGCUCUUCGCUCUUUUGUCCAGUUCCCCAACGCCUCUGAAGCUCACAUGGCCAUGGGCCGUACGUUUAGCAUCAACACAGACUUCACCUCGGACCAAGCCGAUUUCCCUGAUGCUCUCUUUAAUGGAUUUGAGACACCUCGCGAACGAUUCUGUGCCAUUUCCAGCGCCAACGGAACCCUUCAUCCUAGGAACACGUGCUUGACGCCUGUCUCGGCACCACAGGCGGUACCCGUGGGUCAUGGGAAGAACGCAGUGAUGAUCCUCAACGAGCUGAGGCCAGGUGUCAGGUACGAGUUUGUGGCGGAGAGCGGAGAAAGCCACGCUAAGAACUUUGUGAUGGCUGUAACGGUGGACUCACAGGUUUUUCAGGGAUCAGGCCGGAAUAAGAAGCUGGCAAAGGCACGCGCAGCCCAGGCGGCGCUCUCAGGCCUCUUCAAUAUGCAGUUGGACCAGACACCAUCUAGACAACCCAUACCAAGAGAUGGUCUGCAGUUACACCUGCCACAGGUCCUGGCUGAUGCAGUGUCUCGGCUUGUGGUGGAAAAGUUCAGUGAGCUGACAGACGGCUUCAUAUCGCCUCAUGCACGACGGAAAGUCCUUGCUGGUGUUGUUAUGACAACAGGGCCCGAUGUGAAGGACGCACAGGUGAUCUGUGUUUCCACGGGAACCAAGUGCAUAAAUGGGGAGUACAUGAGUGACCGAGGCCUGGCAUUAAACGACUGUCACGCUGAGAUCAUCGCACGCCGUUCACUAAUCAGAUACCUGUACAGCCAGCUGGAGUUUUUCCUCAGUAACAAUCCUGAGCAUCACCAGAGCUCCAUAUUCCAGCGAUGUGAACAUUUGGGCUUCCAGCUGAAGGACGGUGUUCAGUUCCACCUGUACAUCAGCACCUCGCCGUGUGGAGACGCUCGAAUCUUCUCGCCGCACGAAGCCGCUGUUGAGGAUCAGGGAGACAGACACCCAAACAGGAAAGCCAGAGGACAGCUGCGCACUAAGAUCGAGUCUGGUGAGGGAACCAUCCCGGUCCGCUCCAGCAACACCAUCCAGACGUGGGAUGGAGUCCUGCAGGGUGAGAGGCUGCUCACCAUGUCCUGCAGUGAUAAGAUCGCCAGGUGGAACGUGGUGGGUGUGCAGGGGUCUCUGAUGAGUUAUUUCUCAGGCCCGAUCUAUUUCUCCAGUAUAAUCCUGGGUAGUCUGUACCAUGCAGAUCACCUGAGCAGAGCCAUGUACCAGCGUGUCGCAGAUAUAGAGGAGUUACCACAACCCUUCACCCUCAACAGACCACUGCUCAGCGGAAUCAGUAAUGCAGAAGCUCGGCAGCCCGGUAAAGCUCCAAACUUCAGUGUAAACUGGACGGUGGGGGAUCAGGGGCUAGAAGUCAUCAGCGCCACCACAGGGAAGGACGACCUCGGCCGACCGUCUCACCUCUGCAAACACGCCCUGUACAGCCGCUGGGUUCGUUUACAUGACAAGCUUUCUCAGACUCUGAGGAUCCGAGCGGCUCGACCUGCUACGUAUCACGAGGCCAAACAGGGUGCAGCAGAUUAUCACUCAGCCAAGCAGACUCUGAUCAGAGCUUUCCAGAAAGCGGGCCUUGGUGCCUGGGUGAAAAAGCCCAUUGAACAGGACCAGUUCUCCCUCACACAGUGAUGGAGAGAGGGAGGGAGGGAGAGAGAGAGAGAGAGAGAGAAAGAGAGAGAGAAGGAGAGGGAGAAAGGGGAAUAAAAAUGACAGCACGAAGUCUGUUUUUAACUGUUCAGCAUCUAACAGUUAACACGUCCCCCAGCAUCUCUCAGUUUGACCUCAACAUUCUGUCCAGUAUUGUUCUGUGCUGCUUGGUGGCUUUGAUCAUUGUGUAACAGAAAUGUAAAAUCUCAUGUCAUCAUGUUAUUUAAGUGUUAUUUUAAAUGUGUAUAACUAUAUUUAUGUACUUUAACAUCAGGAAUUAGUGAUUUAACAGAUGGAUUUUUAUUAUUUAGUUAAUUAUGAUUUGCACUUUUAUAAUUUAUUUCUACAUCAGACUGAUGUGGAUUAAUCAUAAUGACUCUUAAUAAAUGAAGUGUUUCUCUGAUCCUCAUUGUUGAAGAACAUCUGAAAACAUUUCCCCUUAAUAUGACUUUAAUCCCACAGUAAAGGUGAAAGCUCAGAUCUGAUCGACCAGAAGCUUUGUGUUAUUUCUGUAUAACAGCACGACUCACACACAUCAGCUUUAGGCUGAACGUUGAUGCCUGCUAAAACGCUGGAAGCUAAAAAUGAUAAAAGUAUUAAAUGAUCUGUUUUGUCUAAACUAUCUGAAGAUUUAAAUGUUAAUCACUGACACGUGUUUAAAGGUUAAAGUGGUAAGGCUAUGCUAUUAUAAUAUUAAUGUUAGGAAACGUUCCAAGAGUGAUUUACCUCAGAAGUUCGUCUUCUUCUUCGUAAAAGGCAGUUAUUUGAUGAUCGCGAGCGAUUUAAAAGCGACACGUAUUCCGUUAACGAGUCACACAAAAAAUGACUUUGACCAUCAUUACAGUUUGAUUAUGAUGUGAUUAUCACAGGAUGAUAAUCACACUGCUGUUCAUGAAAUCUGACUAAAAUUAAACAUGUGACAUGAAAGAAAAAGCUCUAAGUUACACUGAAUGUGUGUGAUGUUAAAGCUGAUCAAUCUACACAGUGUGUUAAAUGCUGUGACAAAUGAAUGUGUUCAUUUUAAUCCACACAUAACUACUGUGUAAAACAGCUGAAUAAUUCGAACACAAUUUUAAUUCAUAUUUACACAAAAUGUGUAUAGUGGAGCGCUACACAUAAUUUGUGUCAUUUUUCUACACAUUCAUA